AUGUCGUCUGAUGGUACGAGUUAUAAUGUUAGUGGGGUAGGUGGGGUUGAAGAGAAUGAUCAGUCGAUUAAUGCUGAUAGUAACAAUAUUUUUUCUACAUUUGGAGACGCAAUUUUGGCAACUUAUGUUAUGCUCAUUGUUCAUGUAAGCAAACUUCGAAGCCUAGUACGAAUAAUUCAAAAUGAUAAAUGGAAUGGUUUUGAGAAACUUUAUUUAUCGCCAGCGAUUUUGAAAGUAAUUAAAGUCGAAUAUGAUAAUUUUUCUAAAAAUAAGCAAGUGGAAAUUGAGAUAGGUGAUAUUAAAGAGUUAAUAAUGAAAUUAAGAGAAGAUUUUGUAGAG